UUGAAAACUCAAGAGAGCUCAAUUAAAAGACCAUGUCCGCCAUCGGGCGUCUACAGUCCUCGGUGUCCUUAUUUAAACCAAAUUCUCCAUGAAAUAGCAUUAUCCCGUGGCCCCCACAAUGGCCAGUUCGGGUGCCGUUCAGGUGAAACUGGAACUCGGUCAUCGUGCCCAGCUCCGAAAGAAACCCACCGUGGAAGGUUUUACGCACGACUGGAUGGUGUUUGUCCGCGGACCAGAGCACAGCAACAUUCAGCAUUUUGUGGAGAAAGUCGUAUUUCAUCUACACGAAAGUUUCCCGAGACCAAAAAGAGUGUGCAAGGAUCCACCAUAUAAAGUCGAAGAGUCUGGAUACGCUGGAUUUAUCUUGCCUAUUGAAGUUUACUUUAAAAAUAAGGAGGAACCAAAAAAAGUGCGCUUUGACUACGAUUUGUUCCUGCACUUGGAGGUGUUAGUUCUGGCAGGUCACGUAAUGGUAAUGCAGGAGGGCUCUACUUCUCUGUUCGGGCAGCAUCUAAAGCUGCCCACAUUACCCAGCAGCUCAUUAACAUUGACCUUCUCUGAUGUGAAAAAGAGCAAGUCUUUCCCAGGGUCAAAGGACAGGUCCAAAAGCAGCAGUGCUCUUACAACCACAAACAAUAUCAGCAGCAGCUCCCUCAAACUCCACAAGCCGUCUAAGGACCAUAAGGACAAGCCUUCCAAAGACUCAAAAGAGUCCAAAAGUGCCUUCAGAGAUUUCAGCAAGGGCUCUGGAAAACUCUCUAAAGAUUCUAAAAAACCCAAAGAGAAUCAACCAAUUCAGGAAGAUCGCCCCGUUCCCCAAAUGGGAUUCAAGGAGCCCAAGACCACAUCGAAGGAGCAACAUUCAUCGGAGGGUAGCUUCUCAAGCUUGGGACAGAGUAGACGGCGGCCUGUGUUGGACAGUGAAGGCCAUGUUACCAAAAAACGGAAAAGCAGUUUUUCAGAGAGCUCGCAGAAGCAGCAAGUGUGUCCUACCUUGCUACAGCAUCGCCAUUCGGAUAAAAAGGUUUUGAAAGACAAGCCGCAAGUCCGGCAUAGUAGGUUACAAAACAGUGAACAUUCAGAGAAAAGAAAACCGUCAGCAUUACCGCCCUUCCAGGAUGUGUUGGACCCGAAUGACUCGGACAUGGAUGACAACAUGUUCACUAGAUCAGACUCGGAUCAGCCCAGUCCAGCCAGCUCCAGUUCCAGUUCGAGCUCCGGCUUUGGACGCACACACAAACGGCAAGUAUUGGGUCCUUUACGGUCGGUGAUCGCAGAUUUGCACUCAGAUGAAAUCGAAGAGGAUUCGGAAGAGGAGGACGAUAAUGACAUGGACUCGGACAUGGAGCGACCGUUGCACACGCAGAUGACACAUCGCCACCGCAGGGUGAGUUUAAGUGACGGCAGUGAUAGUGAAAAUAGUUCUACCUCUUCACCACUGCCCCAUAAUGACCCCCAACCUCUACUGAAAACUGCCAAUAACCAGGUGAGCUGGAACAACCUUCUCUGUCAUUCCAUUCCUCUAGCUGUGAUUUCACUCUUCCAUAUCAACUCUUGUGCUUAUGGAGAGAAUGAGGUGAAAUUAUAUGUGGAGGUAAAAGAAAUUGAACCGUCAAUAGACUACAGAGGUGCUUGA